UACCCUCCUGCUGCAGUCGAUCCUCAGUGGAGUAUUUCAGUCCAUCUUGGAUCAGGCCCCAUUUGCUAUAGAAGAGUUAAUGAAGGAGCUGGAUGAGACUUCACACGGACAGGUGGUUCCCAAUGGGGACUGUGCUGGAAAGCCAGAUGCAGAGACGAGCAGAUCAGAAGAGGAUGUGACUAAGCUGCACAAUGAUGACAUUAUUGGGCCAGUGCUGCAGUUUGAUUACCAGGCUAUAGCCAGCAAAUUAUUGAGCCUAGCGAGCAGAAGAAGCACCCCAGCGCACAAUCGCAAGCGACUGUACAGAUUCAUCAAACAGUUUCAGGAUCUUGCUGAAGGAAUCUUCCCUCAGGAUGAGGUCCCAGAGGAAGUCUCUACGGAUGAAGAUGACGAUGAAUUUAGUAGCUGGAGAUUUCGCAAGAGACAGAAAAAGGCGAAACUGAGUGGUGACCCAGAUGCUCCCUAUAGUGUUUUUGAGCCUCUAGAGAGUGAGAAGGAACCUCAGAAAUUGGACACCUCAAACCCUUCCAAGAAGAAACGCAAAAAGAAGAGGGCAAAGGUGAACAAGGGCAAACAAACACCCCUGAUGCCAGCAUUAAAUGGUGAUGCACAGACGAUCACACAUACAGAAGAUAGCACCAGCUCAGAAGAGCCAAGAGUUCCUAUGGCCCUUUCUGCACAGAUAUCAACUAUGUCUGAGUCUAAUUCCCAGUCCAUGAAACUGUUGUUAAAGAGGAGGAAGCGGGGAGGUCUUAUCAGAUUGUGCCUGAGUGUGUUACCGCUUCGUACAAGAGGGCUUAUGAGGAGGAGGAUGGUCCUUGAGCAAUAUAGGAACAAGCAGAAGCUGAGGGCUACACUGACUACCCAGAAAAAUGUGACUCAUUCCAAGACUGACAGCCCCAAAAUUUUAAAUGUGAGAACAACAAAAGGAAAACCCGACCAGCAGAAUGUGACAUACGUAGACCCAUCACCUAAGCUGAAGACCACAGUACAUCCAUCAUUUGUUACCUUCUGUAAGACACAGAAUCCCAAACCUGUGUACGUGAAAAACGCAAAAGGAAGAGUGGGACAGAUUCGUUCUAAGACUUCCUGCACAUCAAAAAAGGUUACCUUCAGUCUGAACAAAAACAUGACUGCUGAAUUCAAGAGGUCCGAUCGCAGCCUCCUGGUCAGUCCUACAGGUUCGUCCCGUGUACCCUUUAACCCUGAGCAGAGACCACAGCACAGCGUACUGAAGACUCCGUCACCUGGAUCUGUUUCCAGGUCUAGAGCUGCAGACUUCUUCUAACUACUUAGCUGGACUCUGAUUGCCCCUUUGCUGUGGAUUCAGUAGAGUCUACGUGUAGCCACCUGUGGGGUGUGCCUUGGCCGGAUGUCAGUGCACUUUGUGGAGUGCUUACUACCUUGGGCUGUCUACGUGGAGCUGUGCAUCGGUCGGAGCACAUUUGUAUAUGGACAUUGUUGUGUAUACGAUACAUUAAUUAUGAGGUGUCUUGUUCAUAAAGCUCUGUGUACAUAGUUCUCUAUCCAGCCAGAACCUUGUCAACGUAGAUCCGCAGAAGCUGCAACCCUUGUACACAAGAUGCAUUGUAUACCCAAAGAGCUAUAUGUAUUCAUGGAGGUGCCCAUUGCGAGCUACGUGUUUUAUAUGAAGAUGCUCAUUGGUUGAGUGCUGUGUAUAUUGAGCUCUGUGUUAUUUGGAUCAUAGUGUGGGUGAAUGAGGUGUGUGUGUGACUGCUACAUGAGUUAAUGCUCCUGGUUCUCGCUUUGCUGUGUAAUUCUGAUGCUUUAAAGGGCAUUUGGAUAGCAGAGAUUUGCUUAUUUUGGGGCCGGAUGUUUGGGGUUUUGUUAGUUGCAAUAAACGUUACAUCUUGAGAUGCAUAGAUCAUCUGUAAGGGGAACAGACGAUAUCCCCCUGCGCUAGUAGCAGCAAGUAUUUUGUACGUCCGAUCAGCCCCAGACUCCACUGGUAUUUUCCAUCCUUUUGUCAACUGGUUGUGUCAUCAAAUAAAAAGUCCAAAGUGUUAA